CCCAGAUUCCCUUCUUUCCCCUCGCGUCCCUCUCAAGUCGGUGAUGGCAACCAGCGCGCUGAGGGCCCAAGUUGCAAACAAGUGGCAAGAAGCGUUCAAUCGACUGAAUCGCUCGGAGGCUGGGAUCUCCGGCCUUCUUUCAUACACGCAGGCCUGGAAGACUGCCACCGACUAUCUAUAUCCUCGAGACAUAGACGAUCCAAAUGACGCGAGAGAUAUCAGUCCUGCAGACAUUAAGAACGCAUUCGACGUGAUAAACCAGAGUCGAAGGUUACCCAUAAUGUUGGAAACAUUUCUUGAGCAUAUCUGCCAACGAUUCUAUCUAGUUUCCAGGGAGGUGGACAAUUUUUUGUCGGAGUACGAGGACACCGGAGACACGGAUACAAUACUUCGAUUGGUCUUCCGUCUAGUGGACUGGUAUCGCGCAUGGAUUCCGAUCGACGAGCUUGGUCCUACAAUACAUAGCGCGUUUGUGCUGACUUUUCAAACUCAACUGUUCGCGGUCCUUCCGCCAAUCUUCGUGAGCGGCUUCAAAGCCCUUUGCGCAUCAAGUCUCGUGCCUGUCCCCAAGUCAGCUCCCAAGAUGUGGGAGGCAUUCGAGGUGCUGGGUUUGACGGAUCGGUACGAAGGUAUCAUCGCGAGUGUCGGAUACGAGCGGAUAGAGCAAUAUGUGCACGAAACCUGCACAGGUAAGUGGGAUACACCUUGUCUAGAGCCGCUGCGCGCGUGGAUGAGGGCCCACAUCGUGCCUUGGAUGUUGCCGAUGUAUGCGAAGGGGGCAGUCACAUCGGAAGACGCGAGAGGGAUGUUACAAAAUGUUGGGUCGCGUUUCGAUUUCCAUAUGAAUAAAACACUUUGCGAUCUACGAACCACUGAGAUAUUCGACAUCAUCAUCGACUUUCCGGACUCGAUGGGUGCGCUGCAAGACUUGAAGGAGUGUCUCCAGCGCGUGGAUCAGCGUGCAGCCCUCGUACAAGAACUAAGACGAUCAAAUCGAAAACGGCUCCUCCACCCAGGUGCAGACACCAAGCUCAUCCUCUCUCAAUAUGUCGCAACGAUCAAAUGUUUGCGGAUAAUAGACCCACCCGGGGUACUACUGUUCAAAGUCGCAGAUCCAAUCCGACGCUAUCUCAGAGAACGACCAGACACGAUUCGUAGCAUUGUGGCCAAUCUCGUCGGCGACGAUGACAGCGGAGAUUCGUUGGUGGAUGAGAACGAUCCUAUUGUGCCAUUGCAGACGCAAAUGGAGGACUUCAACGAUGCAAACUGGGAACCCGAACCCAUUGAUGCGGGACCUGACUUCAGAACAAACAAGCCGAAUGAUGUGCUCAGUACUCUUGUCAGCAUCUACGACUCGAAAGAUCUGUUCGUCAAGGAACUUCAGGUCCUGCUCGCGCAACGCUUGCUAGCAAUCAGAGAAGACUUCGACAAGGUUGAAAAGGAGCGCCGCAAUGUCGAGAUUCUCAAGAUCCGUUUCGGGGAGGCCGCCCUCCAAGUUUGCGAGGUCAUGCUGAGGGAUAUGACCGAUUCAAAGCGAAUAGACGGGCAUGUUCAAACUAAAAAUGCGUCCAUUGUUCACCCGACAAUCAUCUCUCGGCACUUCUGGCCGUCUUUGGACUCGGCGGAAAUCGUGAUGCCGGGGCAAUUCCAAGCCUUACAGAAGCAGUAUUCCAAAGAUUUCUCGCUGUUCAAGCCAGACAAGAAACUGCAAUGGUUUCCGCACCUAGGCACGGUUGAUUUGGUCUUGGAAUUGCAGGAUCGCACUGUCACCAAGAGUGUUCCACCCCUUGAAGCUGCUUUCAUUGAACUGUUUUCUCAGAAGAAUGUCUGGACCAUGGACGAGCUGAUCCACGGUGUAGGCAAUGUUGAUAGAACAGCUGCACUGAAGGCGUUGAUCACUUGGAUUGAUGAAGGAGUUCUGAAAGAAGACGAGGAAAACACUUUUAGAUUGCUGGAGAUCCAGGAGGAAGCAGGUCCAGCCCGUUCAGCUUUGGCGGUAGAGGAAGCACCAGCUAUGACUCCAGCCCAACAACAGCAAGCAGAAAAAAUGCGUGUUCAUUGGAAGUUCAUUGAAGGGAUGCUUACCAAUCUGGGUUCUCUUCCUUUGGAUCGGAUACAGCAAAUGCUCAAAUUUGUGCCUGGAUAUGACCAAAAUUCUGAGCAGCUUGUAGGCUUCAUGGAAGCUGCCCGUUGUGAGGGGCUUGUUGUUGGGCGAGAUGGAAUGUGGUCACUAAACAAAUGAAUUUGCAAGGUUUAGAUGUUAAUGUACUACAAUUCUUAUUUCAUUGAUUCU